AUGCAAUAUGGCUACUGGAAUGAGAAGGAUAAGUUGGUUGUGACAAAGGAGUUCUCCACUACGCAAGCUGAGAUUUACAAGGAGCUCAAGGAUCAAGUUCUUCGAGUUGCAACUAUUGAGGAAAUUCCUUUUAUGAUGUACAAAGGUCCAGCAGGAGAGAAAAAGUCUAGCAACCCCAAAGACUGGCAUGGAUUUUGCAUCGACCUCCUUGAUGAAUGUGCCACUGCAUUGGAGUUCAACUACACCGUUCACCCAGUCACAGACGGUAACUAUGGCACUGCACGAAUCAUCAACGGACAAGAGGUCUGGGACGGCAUCAUCGGGCAGCUGCAAUUUCGCGUAAGAUGA